AUGGUAAUGAUGCGCUACGUGCUGUGUGUCCUCGCUCUCCUGCUCUCAUGUGCGUGUGUGCACGUCCUCGCUGAAGAAGUGCCUGCCGCCGAUCUUUCCGACCAAGUCCCUGAUACGGAGAGUGAGACAAAGAUUCUUCUUCAAGGUACUCCUGUUGCUCAAUCUCAGUGCACUGAAGAUACUGUACCUUCUGAAGAAGGUAAAUGUGUGAAAAAGGAAGAAGUUCCUCCUGUUACUGUACCUGAGGCUCCAAAAGAAGUUGUUCCUGAGAAAAAAACACCUGUUGUUCCUCCUAAAAAACCUGAAGUUCCUCCUGCUAAAGUACCGGAAGUUCCUAAAAAACGUGUGGACCAUGAUACCUCUCUUCCAUCUGAUUCUCGAGCCGACUCUGAAACUCUUCGUCAUGGAACUGCUCACAGUCUUCUUGGUCCCGCUGGUUCUCGUGGUGAUGAUGGUCUUGAAGGUCGUGGUGGUUCUGGUGCUCCUGGUCCAUUGGGUGAGGCUGGUUCGAACGGUUUAUCUGACGCUGGAACUGGUUCUCCAACAGGGGCUGGUCCUGAAACUGCUGAACCAACUGCAAGGGAGAGUGAGGCUGAGGCUGCAGGUAUCAGUCGACCUGUAGACGGCGACAACAUUGCAAAAGGUGAAACUACUGCUAGACAAGGAAGUGAAUCAACAGAAGCUUCUACUUCUUCUCCAAGCAGUUCACCCACAGGGAGUGAUGUUGGUUCUGAUGCUGAAACACCUAACAACGCCACUUCAUUUGGAGAGAGUGAAUCAACAAACAACCAAAAUGAAAGAGGCGAUACGGAGACAACCACCACUACCACUACCACCACAACAACAACAACAACAACCACACUUCCUCCUGAACUCACAAACAACAAGAAGGGUGAUGCAGACAGCAGCAGCAGUAUCAGCAGUUCUUUGUGGGUGCGUGUACCACUACUGAUUGUGGUUACACUGGCCUGUAUUCUUGUGUGCUGA